AUGGGGAAAUACACCUUUACGUGGGAACACGCCGCCAAUGAAGUCCUCGUCACAGGCGACUUCGACUCAUGGCAAAAGACCAUCAAGCUAGAGAAGGAAGGUGACGUCUUCAAGAAAACAGUCGAGCUGCCAAAGUCCAAGCAUCUGUACAAGUUUGUCGUCGAUGGUAACUGGUGUUUAAACAACUCUGCGCCGAAAGAAAAUGAUAGCACUGGCAUCGAGAACAAUGUCCUGACACCAGAAGAUAUCAAGGACGAGCCUGUGGGCAUUCUUUCCUCGGUUGCACCCGAGUCUACAACCGCAGCCUUGGCAGGAGCCGUGCCGAAGGAGGAAAGGGCAAAAUCGGAAGAACCGGUCCCUGGAGCCUUCCCCCAGACUCCCUUCGAAACGCCUGCCACCGAACCGCAAUCGUUCUCCGUGAACCCUAUCCCGGCUACGGACGGCCCCGGCAACCCUGUCAAGCUUGAGCCUGGUGAGAAAGUCCCCGACCCGAGCACCCUCACGAGCAACACGAUACAAUCCACUGUGAAGGACGAUAAGGAGCCCGAGGAGACGGUUAAAGUUGCCCCAAUACCAGCUACGGCAGGAGCCGGCAACCCGAUCCACCUCGCACCAGGAGAGAAGGUGCCUGACCCAAGCACUCUAACCUCGAACACCAUCGAGAGCACGAUUAAGACAGAUGCUGCGUCGUAUGAGAACUCAGAUGCUGCUCCACCUCAGCUUGGCCCUGCCGUGACCCCAGAAGCUGAAGGAGAGGCUAAGGGCGGUAUGUUUAGUCUGCCUCCUGUCACCAGCGGUUUGAUCCCAGAGUCAAGUCUUCCCAAAGAUACCAAUGUUGAGAUCGAGAAAGAUCCAGGCGUCACCAUCCAGUCCGCCGCACCAACCAGCACGACGGUCGCGCUUGCCGCCGAAGUCCCCAAGGAGCCGAAGAUUGUCCCAGAGGCUGUCACGGAGAGCCAAAAGGUGGCAGACUUUGCCCCAGAAGCAUCCGCCAACCCUGAGGCGGUUGAAGAGAAGAAGGAAGUCGAGGAGGAGCUGAAGUCGAAGGUUCCCGAGGAGCCACCAGCAGCCGAGAGCUCCACCACCACCGAGAAGGUUGGCGCGACGGCCGCUGUUGGAGCCACUGCUGCUACUGCCGCCUUUGCCGCAGCAACAUAUGCCGCAAAAGACAAGGCCGCUGAGACGAUUGGAGUGAAUGGACAGGCCACAGCCAGCGAAGUUCCCGAAGUUGUAACCGAGAGCCAGAAGGAAGCGCACGUGAGUCCCGAGGCUUCCGCUAAUGCUGAGGCGGUCGAAGAAAAGAAAGAGGUGGAAACUGAACUGCUCAAGGAGGUUCAGAAAACCGACGAGGCCGGCGAGCCAGCUCCCACUGCCGCCGGUCUCUCUGACGACGCUCUGGCUGACACUGAACCUCUCAAGUCAUCUAGUGAACCUGAUGCUUUGAAUGCUGCAGCCUCCAAACCAGCAGAGCCUGAACCCGUCAAGCCAGCUACCGACUCUCGUGACGUCUCCCCGAUGUCAAAGCAGCCCACCACUGCCGAGCAGACUCAGCCAACCGUCACCACCGGCGCCGAGACUAGCAAAGCCGAGGCCAAGACCACGCCCGCUACGGAAGUAGCCCCAGAGACGCCCAAGAAGGAUACAGCAUCCUCUUCAAAGGGCACGCCUAACACCACCGAGGACAAGAAGAAGAAGAGGCGAUCCAUCUUUGGCAAGCUCAAGGACAAGCUGCACUUCUAA